UGCGAUCUAAGGGAGCAAUGCUGUAACUAGUCCAACUGACAUCUUUGAGCUUGGCAAUCCGUCCGGCUGGCUCUGAAGUGCUCCGCCUUGCAUUCCUUGGGCUCCACACAUCGGCAGCAACCUUCGUCACCUACUGUGCUAGUAGACUUGCCCUUGGACCCGGCAAUGCCUGAGAGCCAAGACGACAAUGAUGAUGACAUCUCCAUCACCUCGACAGUUGUCAGCACCCAGGUCUCCGAGUACGAGGUGGAGGCCAUUCUAGCUCAGCAUCGGUUUCCCGAUGGGAUCAAGUAUCUGGUAAAAUGGGCCAACUACUCUGAAGCAAGGUGUACCUGGGAGCCUGAGGCCUCCUUUACUACAAAUGACACUAUUGCUGAGUGGGAUCAGAAGCAAACAGAAAUUUGCUCAGGAGAGCGUGAAGCUUUUGACGUAGCGAGAUGGAACCGGAUGCGGUCGAAAUCCGAGGAAGAUAGGAAGGACAGAAAACGCAGAAGAGAAGCCAAAAGGAAAAAGCUUGGCCUGCCAACAGCACAGAUUACUGAGAUGGAAAUGAGGAGAUCACCGGGUCAAAGUCAUGGCCCUUCUGGCAAAGUAACUGCAAAAGCAAGGUCUGCUCACAUGUCCGGUCCUCAACAACAAUCACAUCAACAAGCGGCACCAAUGAAGAAGCCUGUUGUACCAAAACAUCCUCUGGUCCCGUUUGGAAGUGGCCAGAAACUUCCAGCUACGCCGCGCCCUAAGAGCAGCCCGGAGACAACGAAAUGGUUUUCCCAUCUAUCAACCAGGCGGAAACAUGAGAAAGCCAAAUCCAGAGAGCCUGCCCCUGACAUCAAUCAACUGGAGCUUUUUACACCGUCUGAAGGGCCACCUAGAACCCCAUUACUCCCCAAACAACCUGGCCCCCAUACCGACCCACCCUGUGAUGGAGGAAUGAGCCGAAGGGUUUCUCAGGCGGGCACUGAUAUCCCACACCAUUCAGCUAAUCCAUGUACCAUUCUUGGACAUAGCCAAUCCAUGAAUCCAGGCCCCGCUGGUGAAGGCUACGACCUACCUGAUCAGGGGCAUGGGUCAAGCCGGGACCAGCCUCCAAUGAAGUCUAGUAUUCAUCGUGUCAACCCACCUAAUGAUAAAGAACCAAUUCAAAGCCCGCAACAGAGCCCGACCAAUAAGUAUUUCUCUCACAUUGGUAUGGGUACAUCGCGCGAAAAACCUCCGAGGUCUGCUCCUCGUGGACCUAGACAAUCAGCAAUGCCAGAGUCUUCUCAAAGAAGCCACAACCAGCCUAUCCAGGAUGAUGAAUCGAGAAGAGACAACGAUACCCCCGAUAUUCCCUUUAGAGAACCGGGCCCCGCUGCCAAAUGGUUAGCUGGUCGUUUUUGCAAUCCGGGCGAGGUAUUGAUUCACAUGUUUUACGGACCAGACAGGAAACCGAUCGGUGCGGCUAGGCUCUGUGGACUUUCGCUAAUGUCUAUCCAAAAAAUUCUCCAAUACAAGAGCGGCCCUCGGAUCGAGGUGUGGUUUCAACAUACGUGUAAUUUUGAUACUUAUCAGGCUCUCUGUGACAGGGUUCUUAGAAAAAGGCCACUUUUAGUAAAUCGCACAUUUUGUUGUGGUUGGAUUGAAGGGUACAAUGAUACAGAGCCGGUGCUCUUUAACAUGGCACGAGAACUAGAGCGAGGGAAUCUGAUGGCAAUAUUCAACCCUGACAAAUGGUCACAAAAUGUGUUACUCGCUUACUCACCCAACUCAAGUGAUCUCAGAUCUCUGAAUAAUGACUCCAGAGCACCUUCGGAUGCUUCCCUUUUGCUUGUUGUCAGGAAUUCCUUCGGAACUCGUGAACUUCAUCAUGAUAUUUUGGAGAUUAACAGCCAGAUCUUAGCCUCUAGGAGAUCUGAAGUAUCUGUGAGAGCACAUCUGGAAGAGCCUGACAAAGGGAAUGAUAGCUUUUGUGAAGGUACUCCAAUGUCAAUUCCAUCUGUUGAAGAGUCAGUGUUACACAAAGAUUCCCCAUCUUUUACAGUGAAGCAUGAACCUUCACAGGAGCCUUUACAGGAACCCACGGGCCCAGUCUCACCUGGCCCCACGGAUUUAGUCCCCCUCAGCAACACAGAUCCAGCCCCACUCAGCAACAAUCCACGAUCUCAAAACGGCUUUGAGAACCCAAGUGAGCUAAUGGAGAUCAGUCAACAAGGUUCAGGUCCGGCAUUGGGCGAACAGCAGGCGAUGUCUGCUUUAGCUACGGCUGACCUGAAAGGCAUUUUCCAGUCUAAAUUUGGGAUCUCUUAUGAAGAACUAGUUAAAGUGAACUCAGUGGAUAAGGUGGUGGUAGCGGAGGCAUUCUAUCUUAUGAUCCCCCAGGAUUCGGUACCCCCCCAUGAGUUCUUACCUCUCCAAGCAUUUCUUAAAGCACGAAAUCCUGUCAUUUAUACCUGCUACCAAUCAGACGACUGGGAAAAAUUCGCACGAACUGUUGCUGUCGGGGUCGUUCUUUUCCACGAGAGCUUUGUCGAUUUUCACACACUGCCUUUCUUCAAGUCCAUCAUCAGCAAACCAUUCAACUUUUGGAGCUUUUCGUUGGAAAAGCCCCUUGACUAUGCUGACCACCCUUUACACUUCCAGCGCAUCUUUCCACAUGGCGGGGUUUUGAUGAUAACCGAAGAUUUCAUGACCCAGGAACCGGAAAGCACCAUAAUCAUUCUCGCAUGGUUUAAUGACUGGGCAAGAAAGAAGUUCCCAGGGAACUGGAAGAUAAUGUUUCGUCCUGGUGUUCUGGAUUGGGUCCUGAAACAGCCAGAGCCAGCUGAUGAGUUGAAGCAGGGGAUUUGGCUAACUAUGUACCGCCUCAUCCUGCAACUGUGUACUGCUCCUGCUUACGACACUCCGUCUGGCGAGGCAUUAACCGGCUCAACUGACGACUACUUCGAAAGCAAUGUUAUCUCCCCACCGUCACUUCCCAACUAUGGCUCCCGUACAGAAGAUGACAACCCUGAUAUACCUAGAGGUCUGAGCCAAGAACAAAGAAAUACCGACCAUCUGAUCGAAUUCUUCGCUGGCUGGGGCCUGGUUAAUCGCCACCGGUAUCGGCGGUUCGUCGUCCUGACUCGAAUGAAGCCUCACCCUAGGUGGGAGGCAUGGCAGCACAUUGAGAUCAAGUGGGGCGCGAAGGAUUUCAUGAAAGGAUUUAAGGUUGACUACAAACUUUACUGGGCAAAGCUGACAGUGCCUUCUACUGCUAAACCAAGCAAGACUACCGGAGAACCAAAGGUUCAACCGGCCACUUUUACACCUCGUACGCCGAGAGCUCCUGCUCCUGGUGUACCCUGGUCCAUUGAUAUGGGUGGUUCCAGGCUUGGUCGACUACCUGGCUCUGCAUCGUCUGCAUACCCCGAACCAUACAAUUGAGAGGAAAUGCACUUCAUGAUCAAUGUAUCUAGUUUUCGCUCAAGACAUGUUUCUACCCGAUCAAUAUCUGGUGGGAUUCACACAGUAGCAGAUUCCAUUGCUCCUUAUACUCGAGUGCAUGAUCAUUCUGCAAUGGGUCACUCGGCGUGAUUAAGCAGUAUUACACUCGCACUCGUGAAUUAUGAUAUCCAAACAAUAGC